UGAUGUCUUUGUGUUUCAUCAUGUGGUUCUGAAGUUGACUCGGGUACUGGAAAGUCUUCUGGCACUCUGCACACCUGCAGGAACAAUAGGUGGGGCCACGAUGGGCAGUCAGGUGCCUCUUCAGCUGGGCCAGCGUGGGAAAGUCCAGACCACACUCUACACAUACGUUCUCCUGGCCUUUCUCAUGCUUCAACUCAUGAGCGCGGAGCUCACUGGGCCAUGAAAGUAUAUAAGACAAGUCGGUGGCACCAUGCAAGGAUAGAGAACUGGUCAACCAUCUGGGAGCAUCUGAAACACUUGAAUUCUUUUGUUCAUCGAGCGAUUAAGCAACAAAGAUGACUGGAGCUGCUGUGUCCGUGUGCCUACUUUUUCUGCUGUCUGUAUGUUCAGCGUGCUACAUCUCUAACUGUCCCAUCGGUGGGAAGAGGUCCAUCACGGAUGCCCCACUGCGCAAGUGCAUGUCCUGUGGCCCCGGGGACAGGGGCCGCUGCUUCGGCCCCAGUAUCUGCUGCGGGGAGGGCCUUGGCUGCCUGCUGGGCUCCCCAGAAACAGCUCACUGCGUAGAGGAGAACUACCUGCUCACCCCCUGCCAGGCAGGAGGUAGACCCUGCGGAUCUGAGGGCGGACGCUGCGCUGCUUCAGGACUCUGCUGUGAUGCAGAAAGCUGCACCACAGACCAAACCUGCCUCAUCGAAGAGGAGGGAGAUGAUCAAGCCAGUCAAUUUGACAGCAGCGACCCUGGUGACAUCAUCCUCAGGUUCCUGCAUCUUGCUGGCCACUCUUCUCCUCAUCGAAUUCACCAAUGAGCUGCUCCUGACACCAAGACCUCACCGGAGGCUCUCCAGCUGUAGGGACAGAUCGGGACUUGUAGUUCUAGUUCAUAUCGUUGUAUUUCUUUGUCAUUACUCUGAUUUUGCCCUUUCCUCUGGAGUACUUCUGUAGAGUGCCUUUGUCAGGAUAUUUUUAUGUAUGAAAAUAGGGAUGAAUACUGACAGUGGUC